AUGAAGAACGAUGUCGUCCGAAUGCUCAUCCUCGAGACGGAUGAGCCGCAUCCAAAUACGAUGGCGACGAAGGGGAGCUUUGGGGAGAUACUGGAUAAUCUAUUCACAGAAGCAGGGAUAAAGCACGACCCACCCCUGGGAAUCGAGACAGAUAUGCACUACGUGGUGGAAGACGGCACUGAGAAUGCCGGGCACGUUCCCACGAUAGAAGAGAUACCCGGGGAUACGACGGCCGUAUUAGUCACCGGAAGCAUGUACGACGCACACGGCAACGACGAAUGGAUCCUGAAGCUGGUCAAGCUGCUCCAGGACCUGUGGCAGCAGCGGCCCCAGAUGCGGUUCAGUGGGGUGUGUUUUGGGCAUCAGCUGCUGUGCCGCAUGCUGGGUGGCAAAGUCGGGCCACACCCGGAAAACGACUGGGAGCUGGCACAUACAAAGAUCGAGCUGACGGAGAUCGGGCGACGCCUCUUCUGUGUGGAAGAGCCCAGUAUUCAUUUGCAUCAAAUGCACCAGGACCAUGUGAGUGACGCGCCGUCGGCGAAGUACACGGACCUGCUUGGCCUCAGGGACGAUGUGCAUAUCUGGGGCCGCACCGAUCAUACUUUUGUUCAGGGUGUGUACUUGCGGGAUAAGCUGUUCACCACGCAGGGUCACCUUGGCUUUGAUGAGAAGAUGGUCCACAGGCAAGUCGAUAUGCGGAAGGCGAAUGGGGGGAUUAAGGACUCGGAUUUUGCGGAGGAAAGGAAGAAGACUGCGGUGUUGGAACACGAUGGCAUUGUUGUUGCCUCUGCGAUCUUGAGGUUUUUCCAUGGUGAGGAUCAUGAGAUAUACUAA